AAGUGAGCCCCAGCAGUAAACAAGUGGAGCUGAUUAUAUAUGUUUGGUAGUGGUGAAGUACAUAUUCCUUAUUCAAAUUACAGCUUCCUUCUAAAUCUUCCCAUCUCUUCAUUCUCUUCUCUUUGAAAUCUUCAAUGGCCGAACUCGGAAUCAUCGUUGCUGAAAAGCUCAUUGAAGUUAUUGGGUCUGCGAUCAUCAAAGAGAUUUGUGACAUGUGGGGAUACAAAUCUCAACUCGAAGACCUCAACAAAACUGUCUCAACCAUCAAGAAUGUGCUCCUUGAUGCUGACUCCAAGCGUGAACUCUCCCACGCAACACGAGGCUAUAUCGAGGACCUCAAGGCUGCUGUUUAUGAUGCUGAUGAUCUGUUCGAUGAGUUCUUCACUCUUGCUGAGCUCAAGCUGCUUGAUGCCAACAGGGAUGAUAAAUUCCUUAGAAAGGUACGCCGCUUUUUUUUUGGUAAGAAAAGGGAGGUGAGUCAAGCUCAUAGGAUGUCUCGUCAGGUUAAGGACAUUAAGGAGCAGUUGGAUACUAUUGUCAGUAACCAUCACAAAUUCGGGCUUAGUGUGGACUAUAAGCCUAUUUGUAGAAGGAGGGAGGAAACUUGUUCCUACGUGGAUACAGGGGAUAUUAUUGGGAGGGAGGAUGAUAAAAAGGUUGUCAUUAAUAUGUUGUUAAGUCCGAGCGAUGUUCAUGAUAGUAUUCGUUUUGUGACUAUUGUUGGAGUUGGAGGAUUGGGUAAAACUGCUCUUGCCCAGCUUGUGUAUAACGAUGAAAGGGUUGUAGCAGAGUUUUCGGAUUCCAAUUUGAGAUUAUGGGUUUGUGUGCCCGAUCAAGAUGGGGAGCAGUUUGAUGUCAAGGUCAUUCUUUGCAAAAUUCUAGAAUUAGUUUCUGGUAAAAGGCCUGACGAUACCUCCUCAAUGGAGUUGGUGCAAAAGCAAUUUCAUGAGCAGCUAAGAGGAAAGAAGUACUUGCUUGUUCUUGAUGAUGUAUGGAAUGAAAAUCGUGAGAAAUGGCGUGAUCUGUACAAGUUCUUAACGACGGGUCAAGAGGGUAGUCGGAUUGUGGUGACUACACGUUCGGAGAGGACUGCAGAGAUUAUUGGAGAGAAACAUACGCACAAGCUGCAAGGUUUAUCUGAAGAGAAUUCGUGGCUCUUGUUCGAGUCUGUAGCAUUUGAUAAAGGGGAACACAAGCACGCAAGUCAUCCUGAUUUGGUUGAUAUUGGGAAGAAGAUUGUUGAAAAAUGCUACAAUAUCCCGCUUGCUAUAAAGGUGGUAGGAAGCCUUCUAUUUGGGCAGCCUGUGAAUAAGUGGCAGACAUUUGAGCACAGCGGAUUUGCUGGAAUUGGAAAAGGUGAUAAUGAAAAUAUGUCUAUACUAAAACUUAGUUAUCACAACCUUAGACCCUCUUUGAAGAAUUGUUUUAGCUAUUGUGCACUGUUUCCCAAAGAUUUUAGACUCAAGAGGAAGGAGUUGAUUAGCCUUUGGAUAGCACAAGGCUACAUUGCGUCGCUGGACAGAGAUCAAAGCAUAGAAGAUGCAGCAGAGGAGCAUUUCAUGAUUUUGGUACGCAGAUGUUUCUUUCAGGAUGUAGCAAAGGAUAGAUAUGGUGAUAUUGGGUCUGUGAAAAUCCAUGACUUGAUGCAUGAUGUUGCUCUAGAAGUGGGGAGGGAGGAAAUAGGCAUGGUGAGUUCUAAUACAAUCAAAUUGGGUGAUAAAGUUCGUCAUGUGUAUUUUGCUCCUGGUACUUUUUCACAAAGUUACUUAUUUAAGAGUAAGAUACGUUCGUUGAUUUCAAGGGGUGAUAAUUGCUGGUGGUCCCGUCAGCUGAUGUUGGGUGAUCCGGUGGAUGCACAGAUUGAUAGUUGGAUUGGUCUAAGGGUGUUGUGCUUGCAGUCAAUGGAUAUAAAAAGGUUUGAUUCGAUUGGUAAGCUACUGCAUUUAAGGUAUCUUGACUUGUCUGUGAAUCAUCGGUUACAGGCACUCUCUGAUUCUAUUACUAGACUACAUAAUCUGCAGACUUUAGUUUUAAAUUCUUGCAAAUGUUUGAGGGAGUUGCCAAAAGAUUUUAGCAAAUUGGUAAAACUUAGGUACUUGGAUUUAAGCGGUUGUUUUAAUUUGAGCGGUAUGCCUUCGGGCAUGGAUAAAUUAAUAAGUCUUAGGCCCUUUUAUUUAAGUAGAUGUUCAAAGUUAACUAGUAUGCCAUCAGGCAUGGGUAAGUUGACUAAUCUUAGGUACUUGAAUAUAAGCUAUUGUUAUGAGCUGAGUAGUUUGCCUUCGGGCAUGGGUAAGUUGACUAGUCUUAGAUACUUGAAUAUAAGUUAUUGUCAUGAGUUGAGUAGUUUGCCUUCGGGCAUGGAUAUGUUGACAAGUCUUAGACACUUUGAUUUAAGUGCUUUUCCAAAGUUAACUAGUAUGGCAUUAGGCAUGGGUAAGUUGACUAAUCUUAGGGUGCUACCAUUGUUUGUGGUGGGUAUGGAAAAGAGAGUUUCAACAGAGGAGCAAUGUAUGGGAGAGCUCAAAGACCUUAAACCCCUGACCAACUUUUACAAGAAUGAUGGAGGAGAAGAGUAUUUGAAGGGUUUGAAAUAUCUCACUCAGGUUAAAAUAAGAUUUGUUGACAAUGCUGAUGAAGAUGAUGGAUGUUUAGAGUGGGAAGAUGUGAUGGAAAAGCUAGAGCCACCUUCAAAUCUCAAGAUAUUCACGACAAUUCCAAGGUGGGGUAGAGCACUGGAUAACUGGGCACUCUCCCUCCCACUUCUUGUCAAGAUCGAGCUUUAUCGUUGUAUCAACUUGGAGCAAUUACCAUCGUUGAGUAAACUGCGUAAUCUGAAAUCACUAACAGUUCAUUUUCUAGAAAAGCUGGAAUAUAUGGAGAAUACAAGCAGCAACAAUGCCAAUGACGGAGAAGAUUUAACGGCAUUCUUCCCCUCCCUUGAGUCUCUUAGUAUUUGUAAUCUUACAAGUUUGAAAGGAUGGUGGAGGGAGGAGGAGUUGGUUGAGGAUGAUGAUGAUGAUUGUAUCUUGAGGAGUAGCUUCACAUUUCCUCGUCUUUCCAAAUUGGAAAUCAUUAAUUGCCCGAAGUUAACUUCGUUUCCUUCCUGUGGAAGCCUCGAAGAUCUGGGCUUGGAUGAGGUUGACUGUUUUGGAAAUUCACAAGGUGACGUCAUAUUGAGGGAGCUGCUUACAGAUGACGUGGGUCUUCUCAACUUAAUAAACUCUCCAGUCAAUAAACUCCGCAUAUGCCGGAAUAAGAAGGUGGAGAGUUUAUCAGAAUAUGGGGAUGUAUUCCGGAAAUACAAAUACACUUCUUACCUAAGAAGCCUUCGAAUUUCUGAUUGCUCAAAUUUGAGGAGACUUGGAAGAGGGGGGUUGGAGCAUCUCACUGCCUUGGAGUCAUUAGAGUUUAAAGACAAUGAUAAACUUAGCUUCUCUGAAGACGAGGACGAUGAUGACGGCAUGCCUUGGAAAUCCCUCCAACACUGUCUUCGUUACCUGUAUAUUCAAUUUUGCAAGGCCAUUAAAUCACUUCCUGAAUCAAUGCGGAACCUUGCCUCCCUUCAGAACCUUGAGAUAGUUGGAUGUCCAGAACUAGAAAAAAGAUGCACAGUACCAGAUGGGGAGGACUUGCCCAAGAUUCAACACAUCCCCCACAGAACUAGUAGAAUCAGAUCGGGGUCCUCAACCUUCAAGUGAAGGCGUAAAUAAAUUUUUUCUUGAAGCAUGAAGUUGAUAUCAAAAUUUCAUUAUCAUAAUUCAUAAUUAAAAGGUAUUUUGAUCAUUUAUCUUUGGAAUGUUGAUUCAGAUUUACGAUGUAGCUAUGGACGGUCUGCAGGAAGCUGCUGUGAGAUUUGAUGUGGAUGACUGCAAGACUUGGUUUGACAGAGUGAAUUGCAAAAAUAUCUUUCAAGAACGUAUUUGACUUAAGAUCAUGUAAAUACUUCAUAGUCUGCGCCUCUGCAGUGCUUGUUAAUUUCAAAUAAUGUAUUGUAAAAGAAAAAUAUACAGAUGACUCUUUUAGACAUGUAAGCACGGCAAUGCAACAUUUAGUAUCGUUUGUAUCUCAAUUUUCUCCUUAACAGAGUAAUCACUGAAUGAAAAACUCCGAGUUUAUAUAAUAGUGAGAUUAUUUCCUAAAA